AUGCAGAUUGACAACUUCGGAUUCUUUUCAGUGGAAUCGGGCGGUAAGACCAUUACGGUCACUCCAGAAGCAUUCACAAACAUGGAUAUGAACAAAAGAAUAAUUUUAAACGUUAUCCUACCUCAGUUGGAUCCGGUUACGUACAAAUUUCGAACUUUCAAAAUCAUGCCAAGAGCCCAGAAUGCCCAUGCCUAUGUCAAUGGAGCAUUUUUGUUCAAGUUCAGUUCAAACAAAACUACCGUUGACUCAGCAGCAAUAUGCUUUGGAGGAAUUAAUCCGGAGCUUACUCACGCUACGCAAGCGGAAAAAUACAUCACCGGCAAGAGUAUGUUCUCUCCCGAUACAUUUCAAAGUACCGUUCAGAUUCUUUCCAAGGAACCCAAUCCCGAUUGGGUUCUACCGGACGCAUCCCCAGCGUACCGUAAAAACCUAGCCUUGUCACUAUUUUACAAAGCGUCUCUAAGCGUUGCUUCGGAAAUAGGAAUUUCUAUUGAACCUCGCUUCCUGUCCGGAGGAACAACUUUAGAACGCCCCCUUUCAACCGCUUCCCAGCGUUUCGAUACCUACAAAGAAAACUGGCCGCUCACAAAGAAUGUGCCAAAAAUCGAAGGACUUGCGCAGACAUCCGGUGAAGCCAGAUACGCGAACGACAUACCAACUCUACCCAAUGAACUGUACGCAGCAUUCGUUCUCGGUACAAAACCCCAUUCGAAGCUGGAAAAAGUUGUUGCCGAUGAAGCUCUGAAAAUUCCUGGAGUCGUAGCUUUCUUUUCAGCCAAAGACAUUCCUGGAGCAAACAACUUCAUGUACUUCCCGAACUUUAUGGGAACCGAUAUUGAAGAGGUCUUCGCUAGCGAAACAGUGGCAUACCAUGGGCAACCGAUCGGAAUGAUCGUUGCAGAAUCGUUUGCUUUGGCAAACCGUGCAGCGGAACUGGUUCAAAUAACCUACGGUUCGCCAAAACCCACAACUGUUCUACCAACCGCGCAGGCAGUGCUGCAAGCAAAUGCUCAGGAUCGCAUCAAGGAGAUGCCAUACAGCACUCACGGUGGUAAUUACGACGCUGCUCCGAAAGGCGAUCUAAAGGUUAAGGGGCGCUUCGAGAUCGGUGGUCAGUAUCAUUACUACAUGGAAACGCAAACUUGCGUUUGCAUCCCUAUCGAGGACGGCAUGGACGUGUACUCAUCAACUCAGUGGGUCGACCUAACGCAAAUGGCCAUUGCUCGAAUGUUGAAAGUACCGCAAAACAGUUUAAAUCUAUACGUCCGACGUCUUGGAGGAGGAUACGGUGGUAAAGGAACUCGCGCUACGCUGGUUGCUUGUGCUUGUGCUUUGGCCGCCCAUAUUACUAAACGACCAGUACGAUUUGUUAUGACGUUGGAAGCCAACAUGAAAGCCAUUGGUAAGCGUUACCCAGUAAUUUCGGACUACGAAGUUGAAGUUAACAAGGACGGAAAGAUAGUUAAACUCUUCAACGAAUACGUUCAUGAUUUCGGUUCCAACUGGAACGAGUCAAUGGGUCAUGCGGGUGAGUUUUUCAGUAAUUGCUAUGACAAGAGUGUCUUUAAAACAGUGGCAAAGGGUGCGAAAACAGAUUGUGCCAGUAACACCUGGUUCCGUGCUCCAGGUACUACUGAAGGUGUUGCUAUAAUUGAGAACAUUAUGGAGCAUGUCGCGUUUGCCACCGGAUUAGAUCCGCUGGAAGUUCGUAUGGCUAAUAUGCCUAAAGACAUGAAAAUGCUGGAGAUGUUACCACAAUUUCGCGCCAAUGUGGAGUUUGACGCUCGCCGUAAGGAAAUCGACCAAUUCAACAUGGAGCAUCGCUGGCGAAAACGAGGAAUUGCAAUUGUUCCAAUGCGGUACCCGCAAGGGUAUUUUGGUUCACUGCAUGCGAUUGUCAGCGUGUAUCACGACGAUGGAACGGUUUCCAUUUCACACGGUGGGAUUGAAAUGGGACAGGGUAUGAAUACCAAGGUUGCACAGGUUGCUGCCCACAUUCUGGGAAUUCCACUGGAUAAAAUAAGUAUCAAACCAACAAAUAAUUUGACCUCUCCGAAUGCUAUUUGUACGGGUGGCAGUAUAACGAGCGAAACAGUCAGCUAUGCCGUCAAACGCGCUUGUGAAAUGUUACUCGAGCGUAUUAAACCAAUCCGAGAUGAACAGAAGGACGUAUCUUGGGAGGAACUGAUCGAGAAAUGUUUCUCUCAGAGUGUAGACCUAUGUGCUACUUACAUGUACAAAGCUUCUGACCUCGUACCGUACGUGAUUUGGGGUCUAAGUUGUUCUGAAAUAGAAGUGGAUAUUCUAACUGGCAAUGUUCAGUUGACAAGGGUCGACAUCCUGGAAGAUGUUGGUGAAAGUCUUAGCCCCGGAAUCGAUGUUGGCCAGAUUGAAGGUUCAUUCGUAAUGGGACUCGGAUACUACUUAACGGAGGCACUCGUAUUUGAUCCCAAGGAUGGUGCACUAUUGACCGAUCGGACUUGGACCUACAAACCACCGGGCGCCAAAGAUAUUCCGGUUGAUUUCCGAAUUCGUUUCUUGAAAAACAGCAGUAACCAGACGGUAGUGCUUCGCUCUAAGGCGACCGGAGAACCGGCAAUGAAUAUGACUAUUUCAAUUAUUUUUGCUUUGAGACACGCACUGCUGUCUGCUAGGAAAGAUGCCGGCCUACCGAAAGAGUGGAUUCCACUUGGAGCUGCUUCAACUCCUGAUCAAAUCUUUUUGCUUGCCGGCAAUUCUGUGGAGCAGUUAAAGAUUAAUUAA